GCGGGGCUAAAGAACAAGCGCUUCCGGGAGAAAGCCGGGGCCGGAGGGGACCAUGAGCUGGAUUCCGUUCAAGAUUGGGCAGCCCAAGAAACAGAUUGUACCCAAGACAGUGGAGAGAGACUUCGAAAGGGAAUAUGGGAAACUUCAGCAGCUGGAAGAUCAGACUAAGAAACUGCAGAAGGACAUGAAGAAGAGCACAGAUGCAGAUGUGGCCAUGUCGAAAUCAGCCGUGAAAAUCUCUUCAGACCUGUUGUCCAACCCGCUCUGCGAGCAAGACCCCAAUUUCCUGACAAUGGUAACAGCCCUGGACACUGCCAUGAAGAGAAUGGACUCUUUCAACCAAGAGAAGGUGAACCAAAUCCAAAAGACGGUGAUAGAGCCCUUGAAAAAAUUCAGCAGUGUGUUCCCCAGCCUGAACAUGGCAGUGAAGAGACGUGAGCAGACUCUGCAAGACUACAAGCGGCUGCAGUCCAAGGUGGAAAAAUACGAAGAGAAGGAGAAGACCGGCCCCAUCCUUGCCAAGCUACACCAGGCCCGUGAGGAGCUGAGGCCGGUAAAGGAGGACUUUGAAGCCAAAAACAAGCAGCUUCUGGAGGAGAUGCCCAAGUUCUACAGCAGCCGCAUCGACUACUUCGAGCCCAGCUUUGAAUCAUUGAUCCGUGCUCAGGUUGUGUACUACACUGAAAUGCACAAGAUCUUCGGAGACCUGACAGAGCAGAUUGAUGAGCCAGGCCUCACAGAUGAGCAGAGGGAGAAAGAGAAUGAAGCCAAGCUGAGCGAGCUGCGGGCCCUGUCCAUUGUGGCUGACGACUGACCUCCCCACCCAUGCUGGGGGAGCCGUCUCAAGGGCUGCUGACAAGAACAGGGUGGAAAUCUCCUGCCUGACUCUAGGUUUUAACCUGUACACAGUUGCCUGCUGCUCUCCAGCUUUGAACUCCUUAUAAGACAAGGUACAACUUUUGAUGGGUGGUGGGGAAAGAGUAAUAGCUGCACAAGAGAAAGAGGGAAACCAUUAUCAAACUACUCUUGCU